GCGUGUGUGCGUGUGUGUGCGCGCGCCCGCGUCCCUCCCCCUUUCCUUCUUUCUUUAAUGGCAGUGCAGAGAGAGACAGAAAGAGGGAUACGGCGCAGUUUAACCAGAGAAAAAGGAGAGAAAUGUUGAGCGGUCGUGAAAUCAGAAACCCGCACGAGCAGUACUACCUGGAGAUGCAGAGGGUGGAGGAGAAGAUGGAGCGUGAUGAGGAUGGCGGAGGUGAGUGCAGGCAGAAGCUGAAGGUGUGUGUGGCCACCUGUAACCGAGCAGAUUACUCCAAACUCGCCCCCAUCAUGUUCGGCCUCAAAGACCAUCCUGACCUGUUCCAGCUCGAGGUCAUCGUGUUGGGGUCCCACCUAAUCGACGAUUACGGUAAUACGUACCGUAUGAUUGAGCAGGACGAGUUUAUCAUCAGCUCCAGUCUCCACACCAUCGUUCGUGGUGAGGACGAAGCGGCGAUGGUGGAGUCUCUCGGCUUGGCUCUCGUCAAGCUCCCCGACGUCCUUCAACGCCUUGCGCCCCACAUCCUGAUCGUCCACGGCGACCGUUUCGACGCUCUCGCGGUGGCGACGGCGGCGGCGCUGAUGAACGUCCGUAUCCUCCACGUGGAGGGAGGAGAAGUGAGCGGCACCAUCGACGACUCGAUCCGCCACGCCAUCUCCAAACUGGCUCAUUACCACGCCGUGUGCACACGCGCCGCCCAGACGCACCUCCUCGCCAUGUGUGAGGACCACGAGCGCAUCCUAUUGGCCGGCUGCCCGUCAUAUGACUGCCUGCUCACCGCGCACAAGUGUGACGACUACGACGACAUCAUCAAGGCCUGGCUCGGUGGCGGCGUGAAGGAGUCCAACUACAUUGUGGCUCUUCAGCAUCCCGUAACUACAGACAUUGAAAACUCUAUAAAGAUCUACGACCUCAUGCUGGAUGCUCUGAUAUCCUUCAACAAGAAAACACUCAUCCUGUUCCCCAACGUCGAUGCUGGCAGUAAGGAGAUGGUGCGUGUGUUGAGGAGGAAGGGAAUCGAGCAGCACCCCAACUUCCGUGCCGUUAAACACAUUCCCUUUAACCAGUUUAUUCAGCUGGUGGCUCACGCAGGCUGCAUGGUGGGGAACAGCAGCUGUGGCGUGCGGGAGGCCGGAGCCUUCGGGACCCCCGUCAUCAACCUGGGCACGCGCCAGACCGGCCGAGAAACAGGUGAGAACGUUCUCCACGUGCGUGACGCAGACACGCAGAAUAAGAUCUACCACGCCCUGGAGCUGCAGUUCGGGAAGCGGUACCCCUGCUCCAAGAUCUACGGAGAUGGGAACGCUGUGCCGAGGAUCCUAAAGUUCCUGCAGUCCAUCGAUCUGUCCGAGCCGGUGCAGAAGACGUUCAGCUUCCCGCCGGUGCGCGAGGACAACGUGUCCCAGGACAUCGACCACAUCCUGGAGACACAGAGCGCGCUGGGCAUCGACCUCGGGGGCACCAACCUGCGCGUGGGCAUCGUCACGAUGGCGGGGAAGAUUAUGAAGAUGUAUAAACAGUCUAAUCCUAAAACCUAUGAGGAGAGGAUGGAGCUCAUACUGAGCAUGUGCAAGCAGGCCAUGGCCGACGCUGUCAACCUCAACUGCAGGAUACUGGGUGUAGGGGUAAGUACGGGGGGCAGGGUGAACCCUAAGGACGGUAAGGUGUUGGACUCCACUAAGCUGAUAAACGAGUGGAGUCGUAUUGACUUGCGCUCGCCGCUGUCCGAGUCGCUGCACCUGCCCGUGUGGGUGGAUAACGACGGGAACUGCGCUGCGCUCGCCGAGAGGAAGUUCGGCCACGGGAAAGGCGUGGAAAACUUUGUCACCAUCAUCACGGGGACGGGAAUCGGAGGAGGGAUCAUCCAGCACGGAGAGCUGAUCCACGGGAGCACGUUCUGCGCCGCCGAGCUCGGACACAUCAUGGUGUCUCUGGAAGGACCGGAGUGUUCGUGUGGGAGUCGCGGCUGCGUCGAGGCCUACGCGUCUGGGCUAGCACUUCAGCGUGAGGCUAAGAGACUGCACGACGCGCAGGAUCUGCUGCUGGUGGACGGAAUGAGCGUGAACAACAAGGAGCAAGUGAACGCAACACACCUCGUCCAAGCUGCUCGAUUCGGGAACAGUAAAGCAGAAGGAGUACUGCGUACAGCGGGUACGGCUCUGGGGGUGGCGGUGGUCAACAUCCUCCACACGGUCAACCCGUCACUGGUGGUCCUGUCCGGUGUUCUGGCUCAGCACUACAAGACUCCCGUCACACACGUCAUCAACCAACGCGCUCUCUCCUCUGCCAGGGAGGUGAAGGUCAUGAUCUCUGAGCUUCCAGAAGACAGUCCAGCCCUGCUGGGAGCCGCCAGCAUGGUCCUAGACUACACCACACGCCGCACCUACUGAGACUCCACACGCCGAACCCUGAGUGCCAAUCAGACACUUCUCCCCACACCACACUUCUCAGAGUGUGGGAUCCAACCAACCAAGACGAGCCAAUCAAAUCACGCGAGACGCUCAGAGACUCUCAGCCAAUCACGCGAGACGCUCAGAGACUCUUAGCCAAUCAUCUUGGUCGAUACUUUUUAAGACUCAGUUGGAUCAGAACCUGUUAGAUUGGAAAACCUUGUACAGUAUUUUAGAUCAUACAAAGCUCCGCCCCUUUUUUCUGAAUUUCUUUAUUUCUUAUCUUUAAUCUCUGCUUUUUCUAUAUUUUAUAUUUUUAAAUCUUUGUUCUUACUCGCCUUCUGUUAGAUGUUUAUUUAAUUUGUAAUUAUUGGGGUGUGGCUCCGCCCCCGUCCGUCUCUUAUUGGUGCCUUUGAACAGUAUUUGGGAUCAAACCUUCUGAACAUGAAGUUUUGUUGAAGGAAUGUGUUCAGGAAGAACGACUAUGGCGAUCAUGCUAGCUUCAGAGACCAUCCUACCCCCUCUCUCUCUCUCUCUCUCUCUCUCUCUCUCAUUUUUAUACUUUGGUCUGAUUGGUGUAUUCUGGUCACAUGACUGAUAAACAUGAUGAUGGACAGCUGGAAGAUGAAGGAAGAACGUGUUCCCUAUUCUAGUGCUCCCUCCUUCACUUCUCCUUGAUGGAGUGCACUUCUCUGUGUCUCUUAUUGUUGGCAAGGUGAUGAGAUGUGUGAAACAACUGAGUGAUUUGGGCAGAGAGGGCGGGGCUUAACUUUUGUUCAGCCAAUCAGAAGCUUGAUCAUGUGACAUCAUAUUGAGUGAUUUUAUUAGCAUAAUUACAUUUGACAUAUUAGAUAUUACAUUCAGUAAUUUAGGCUUUAUAGUGGUAUAAGCCCCGCCUACAUUUACUCAGCCACGCCCAUCACUCAGGGACCAUUUGAUUAAACAAAUGGAUCUUUAUUUAUCCUGUCGCUUUAAACAAGUUUCCACCAAUCACAGAUGUUCUCUUAUUAAAGUCUCUAUGAAGGUUAUAAAUAA